AUGGGCGACCCACAGUACUUGGCCUUCCCUCAGAUGGCGCUGGCGCAAUGCGUCUUCACCCUCGCCUCCCCCACCACCGACCGCGCCGCCAAACAGUCUUCCCUCACCACACUCCAAGGUGCCAUUCGUGAGCACAAGAUGGCCCCGCUGUACGCCUACCUCGCACAUCCCACCACCGGCAAGCUCAAUAGCACCGGCGAGUCCGGCUCGGCCGCCCUCUCCCCCACCACCUCCCGCUCCCACCCUCACCACCACCACCACCCCCACGCACAUACCGGCGCACCUUCACCUUCACCCUCACACCUACUGCGACGCACAAGCUCCAUCAACGCCCCGAGCAUCGUCGGCGUCCUCGGCGGCAAGACAGACACUUCCGUGUCACUCCCAUGGGACGAGGCCCUCUACGAAGAACUAAAAGCAGACAACGAGGCAGAACUAGCAACCAUCAAUAAAGAAGAAGAAGAAGCGGCAGAAAAAGCAGGCGACACCGAGAUCCACUCCGCCCAAUCCAAACGCGCCGAACUGUACGCGCGAAUAGGCGACAAGGACAAAGCGCUGGAACACUUCGAGACGCUGCUCGACAAGACCGGCAUCCUCGCCACCAAAAUCGACAUCUGCCUCGCCAUCAUCCGCGUGGCCCUCUUCUUCGACGACAAGCUGCUCGUCAGGAAGAGCGUGGAUCGUGCCCGGCAGCUCGUGGAAAGCGGCGGCGAUUGGGAUAGACGGAACAGGCUAAAAGCGUACGAAGGCUUACACCUCCUCACCAUCCGCGCCCACAACCUCGCCGCCCCGCUGCUACUCGACAGCUUGUCCACCUUCACCUCCACCGAGCUGUGUCCCUACAGCAGCCUCGUCGUCUACGCCGCUCUCGCCGGAGCCGUCAGUCUCCCCCGCCGCGAGUUCAAAUCCAAAGUCGUCGACGCCCCCGAAAUCCGCGCAGUCUUCGGCGCUCACACCCCGGAAGACCGCCUCUCCGCACUAGGCGGCUCCGCCUCCGCCGGUCCGGGAGCGCUAGACGAAGAAAUGGCCGACUCCGACGCGGCGACAAAUGGCACUGCACCCGCACCCGCCACCACCACACCGAAACCCACUGCCGUCAACCUCACCACGCUCGCCUCCGGCUCCGCCUCCGCCACAUCACAAGCCGCCGCCGAACCCCAAAUCGACUUCACCCCGCUCGCCACCCUCCUCCACUCCCUCUACAGCGGGCAUUACGCCUCCUUCUUCCGCUCCCUCGCUGCCGUAGAGACUUCCUUCUUAUCCACCGACCGGUAUCUGUACGAACACAAAGGUUGGUUCGUAAGGGAGAUGCGGGUACGGGCUUACGCGCAACUCUUGCAGAGCUAUAAGGUUGUGGGGUUGGAGAGCAUGGCGAAGCAGUUUGGGGUCGGGGUGGAGUGGUUGGACCGGGAUUUGGCGCCGUUCAUUGCGGGGCGGAGGUUGGAGGGGGUGGUGAUUGAUCGCGUGGCUGGGGUGGUGGAGAUGAAGGGGGGCGCGGGGGGUGGGGGAAGGGGGAGGCAGUAUAAUGAUGUCGUCCGGCAGGGCGAUCAGCUCAUCACCAAGUUGCAGAAGUACGGGCAGGUUGUGAGGUUGAGGGGGAGUGAGAAGAGCUGA